AUGACCUAAUCUAAAACAAAAUAAUCUAUUCGAAUUCCAAGUGUUUCUUAAGGCUAUCAAAGUUGUUAAGCAAGAAAUAAGCAAUACAAUAAUGUAAUAUAUUCAAAAAAUUUAGCAAAUUUGA